AGUGUAUUGUGAUUUGCGAGGAGUGAUGUGCUUGGCGUUCAUACAGGAAUUACCCAGCGUAAUUAACGUUACACAAUAGAUCCGUUGAUAUUGACAUUUUUAAGUUAUCAUACACUUUAACUGCAAACAAUGAAGGACGAGGAAGAGGAAGUUAGAACUGCUUCUGGUGAAACAUCCAAACAUCAAGUUGGUUCGUUUCAGCAAUCUUUCUCUGCCCGCACUAUGGCCACUAGUUCAAGCAGCAGAAGUAGCCCUUCUGGGAAAUCGUCUGCUCUCACGUCAUCAGAUUCAAGUGACCGAGCCACGAUUCAAAAGCAACAACUUUCAGAAAGCCUACAGAGUUCUACCCUUCGACACUUCGUUUCAUCUUCAAGCUCGAAAUCAGCAAUAAGCAAAUCCCAAGGCAGGCUGACUCAUAUGCUGGCAUGUGAGGCAGGAUCUAAGGAUACUUUAGAUACUGGGCAGGAUAUCUUGGGAAUCGCUACUGAAGAACGGAAGGAAAUGUCUUCGUCAAAAGUGAAACAGACAUCAAAGAGUUCCUUCAUAGCUUCAGCUCAAGAGAAACAGAAGUUUGGAACCAGUUCUUCCCAAUUAUUGUCAUCUUCAUCUGGAGAGUGUCCGGAAGUUUCAGUUAUAUCUAGUGCACAGAGUAUAGCAGCGACGACAAUAUCCCAUACAAAGGAUAUGACAGCUCCAAGCCAGAACCCGGUGACGGCAAAGUGCUCUAUGACGUACCUCUCAGCCUCACAGGAAGAUUACGAAAACAUUCGGCAAAGGAGACACUUGUCGAGAUCUCCAUCUCCGUUGUCUAGCAGCACUGCUUCAGAUGUGUCUGGUAGUGGGUUGUCUCCUGCAAGAACACUAUCCACUGCAAAAUCUGUCGAAACAUCAGCCAUAGGAAGAGAAGGUCGCCAGUGGCUGACAGCCACUGGUAGUAGCGGUUACAGAUCUGAAACUGCGAAGUCAAUGGAAAGUUUACGGAGCAAUAGUGCAACAUCUUCAUCUACUGGUAGCACUGUCCAUCACACUCACAGACAGAGCUUCUUGACCUCGUCCGAAAGAGACAUGAGAAGAGUUGUGGCAAGUUCGGUUGAGGCUAGGUCUUUAGAAAACUUGGAGAAAGAAAUAAGGCUGAUGGGGAAAAGGAAAGUAGUGUCAGGUGAAGAAGUAGUAACAGGUGUUGAAGAGUCCAGUAUGACAGCAGCAGAGAGACGUCGGGGGUUGUAUGCGGGCAUUAUAAACCCGGGUGAACGCAGGAUAACCGUGCCGCAACACCUGUCCCUGCCACCGCCUACAGGGGCUUAUCUGAGCCUCGCCACUCCAGGAGGAGAUCGGAAGCUCACCAUCCUCUCCCCCCACAGUCCGCAUCCGCCGGACCUCCUCCAGUUCACCAGCUCCGUCACUACACUCAAGACCAAGAGGAAGAAGGCCAUGGUGUUACCCCGGCUGAUACUUCCUCGAAGUGAGAGCGACGUUUUUCUCGAUUUCGACGUGGAAAAUGGCACAAGUCCGGGGAGAAGCCCCCUGGACGGCGGUGCAUCCCCGUCGGCGGGCUUGGUUCUCCAGAACUUACCACAGAGAAGGGAGUCAUUUCUAUAUCGAUCCGACUCCGAUUUCGAGAUGUCGCCAAAGUCGAUGUCUCGAAACUCGUCAAUCGCCAGCGAGAGAUACAAGGAAACUGAAACAGUCUUGGAAAGAGCUCAUGGGGAGGACCUCAUUGUCACGCCGUUUGCUCAGAUCUUGGCCAGUUUGCGAAGCGUCCGAAACAAUUUCCUCAGUCUCACAAAUGUACCUACAGCCAAAUCGAGAAGAUCGUCAGGGGCUGCUGGAGGUACCACACCCCAACCAAGAAAUCUGGCUCCAGGGGAUGAUGCCUACAUGAAACUGGCCAUCGAGACGAUGGAAGAAUUGGACUGGUGCUUGGAUCAACUCGAGACCAUCCAGACCCAUCGAUCCGUGUCUGAUAUGGCGUCCCUGAAGUUCAAGCGGAUGCUGAACAAAGAACUGAGCCAUUUCUCUGAGUCCAGCAAAUCCGGGAACCAAAUCUCCGAGUACAUCUGCUCAACCUUUCUCGAUAAGCAACAAGAGUUGGACCUUCCUUCGCUGCGGAUAGAGGAUACAGAACCUCGUACCAACAAGAAGAAAGAACGCCCUCGCCAUGGAUCCACUACAAUGUCCCAGAUAUCAGGGGUCAAAAAGCCCCUGUGUCACACAAACAGCUUCACUGGUGAAAAGGUUCCAAAAUAUGGUGUCGAAACUCCAUAUGAGGAAGACCUUGGCAAGAUGCUGGGAGAAAUAGACAGAUGGGGAAUUGACAUCUUCAGAAUAGGAGAUCUGUCAAAUAACCGCCCUCUGACAGCAGUUGCGUAUGCUGCCUUCCAGAGUCGUGAUCUAUUGAAAACCUUCUUAAUCCCACCAAAGACUUUCAUCACGUUUAUGAUGACUCUAGAGGAUCAUUAUGUCAAAGACAACCCGUUCCACAACAGUAUGCAUGCUGCUGAUGUCACUCAGUCUACCCAUGUCCUCCUCAAUACACCAGCUCUCGAAAGCGUCUUCACACCGUUGGAGAUCACAGCAGCCCUCUUUGCAGCCACAAUCCAUGAUGUAGAUCACCCAGGUCUCACAAAUCAGUUCCUUAUUAACUCCAGUUCAGAACUGGCGCUUAUGUACAAUGACGAGUCUGUGCUGGAGAACCAUCACCUGGCCGUAGCAUUCAAGUUGCUGCAGAAUGAAGGAUGUGAUAUAUUUGUGAACUUGGGCAAGAAACAGCGGCAGACACUAAGGAAAAUGGUGAUUGACAUGGUCCUAUCGACUGACAUGUCUAAACACAUGAGCCUUCUUGCUGAUCUCAAGACUAUGGUAGAGACAAAGAAAGUCGCUGGCUCUGGCGUUCUUCUUCUUGAUAACUACACUGACAGAAUACAGGUACUAGAGAAUCUGGUUCACUGUGCAGACUUAAGCAAUCCUACAAAACCUCUGCCGCUGUAUCGUCGGUGGGUGGAUCUUCUGAUGGAGGAAUUCUUCCAACAGGGUGAUCGUGAGAGAGAACAGAACCUUGACAUAAGUCCCAUGUGUGACAGGCACAGUGCGACCAUUGAGAAGUCUCAGGUUGGAUUCAUUGACUACAUUGUGCAUCCCUUGUGGGAAACUUGGGCAGAUUUGGUACAUCCAGAUGCUCAAGAUAUCCUGGACACAUUGGAAGAGAACAGAGAUUGGUACCAGAGCAUGAUACCUCCGAGUCCGCCACCAGCAGAACUGAGAGAGCAGACAGAAACAGAAGAAGAUAUCGGAGAUGACACAACAGAUGAGAGUGGAAGUGAAAGGGGGAGAUCUGGGGGUGGUGGUGGUGGAGGAGGGGGAGGAGGACAAGAUCGAAUUCGGUUCCAAGUGACACUGGAAGAGGGCGAAGGUGAGGGUGAAGAAGGAGAAGAAGCAGGUGGCACAAGUUCAGCAGCGGGAAUGUGACGGAGGUUCCUGGGACUAUGUAGGAAACUGCACGAGAAGGUGCAACAAUGGUGGAGAAUUCGCCAGUGAGAGAAGCUGCAACUGCAGGAAAAAGGAUUGUCUACACCAGGAGUGUAUUGAUGAGUACUGGGGUCAUCACCUGAGAUGUCACUGGAUUGGAGAGUAAAUGGAGAGUGAAACCUCUUCGAGAUUUCUCUGUGUGUUAUAGCAUCAUACCUCAAGUUGGAAGAAGAAUUAAGAUAGAAAUAUAUCUGAAUUAAGGUAUAAAUUAUUGGAAGAAUUUCCCAUAUGUAUAAGGGCAAGCAUGAUAGUGAGGAAUGGUGUUUAACCAGUCUGGGCCAUGAAAAAAGGAAGAAAAAGUUGCAUAAUGUUUCAUGCUUUCUUCAUAACAUAACAUCAGUUUUAUUAUUGGAGAAAAAUGGGUACUGGAAACGGUGAUACAAGAGGAAACUUUGUUGCUGAGGGGUAAACACACUAAGAAAUGUUGAUAGAAUUAGUUUUCCAAACUUUCCUGAGCAUAGGGUACUGUUUACCUAAUGGAAUAUGAGCUCUAUAAUGUACUGAGAAGGAAAUUAAUUAUUUAUUUGAAUAUGUUACAUAAUGACAAUAUUAUUUUUAUGAUAUUAAACGCAGGUGUUUCUGAAGUGAAUUUUGGCAUGUUGAAUGUGUACCCAAAGCACAACAGAAAAUUGAGCUUUCAAUUUUAUUUUAGAUUUAUUGGUACUGUACUAAGAAAGAAAUGUUACUUUUAUGUAAAUAUUACUUGUAUAUUAUUUCAAAUUAAGAAAAAUUGCUACACUGCUACGUGCCCCAUAAGACUGAACCCAGAGCUUCGUCUUUCAAUGUUUUUACCCAGCUAAAUAGUAUUGUGCCAGUUAUAAAAAAUUCUUUUUUAAUAAUAUGAAUGCUCUAGGAAAUGUCACUGGGAUUGGUAGUAUGUUUGUUCACUGGGUACUUUCAUGGCCUUCUAAUAUUAAUAUAAGAACUACACAUUACAUUAUGGACUCUUUGUAGCAACAUAAGUAGCCAUGCAAAAAUGAACAUGGCAGAAGUAAAAAUACAUAUUUCUUACCAAAGAUGUUUGCUUUCUCUUUUACCCUGUUGAAGUAGCCAUGAUAAUGUAAAACUGGAGCUUAGAGCUACAUUGUAAAUUGAAAUAAUGAUACGUGUUUAUAUGCUUAAAGUGUUGUUUCUUUUAUGAUAAGAACUAGUAGUAUUACAUGGAAUGGGUUACAGGGAUGUGACAUGUCCAGCUUUGCAGCCAGGUGAAUGAUAUACUUGUUCAUACAGAUGCUGGAAUUGCAGUAUGCAAGAUAUUCCAGGCAGUUAGUGUGUGGUUAUGUUCUGGUGUUACUGACGUGCUGAUUGAAUCCUUCAGAGAUCAAUGUAGAUGGCUCAUGAUAGCUCAGGAAAAUGGAUUGAAGUUAUUUGCUGAUUGGAGCAGAACCAAAGUGAAAGAUUUGCCAUUCAUAUUGUAAAGCGUGACUAUGAAAGUAGGUAUAAUGUUUUGGCAAUAUAUAAUAGGGUAAUAUGUUUUGAUGAUUUAGGUAAUAUAAUAGGAGAUAUGUAAUAGAAUAAUUUUACUCAAGGUAUUUGUUUUGGUGCAGGUCACCGAUAAAUGGAAUUUACAAAAGUCCGACUAACUUUUAGCCUAGCCCAUAAACAUGUAAGAAGUGUGGUGUCUGUUAAGACACUUUUUACCCAGCCUAUGCCUCAAAGUCCUAUCCCAUCAGAUGAUAUUCAUAAACACCGUAAAAAAGUCAAAUUGUGGCUAACUAUGUCAUAAGACUUUUUUUAUUCAGUGUAACAUUUUUUGUUACAAAUUUAAGUCAAGGUUGGUAGUGAAUACAUAAGUGCUUGGCAGGCUUAAAACAUGAACUCCGAAUGUUAGAGACAGAACGCGGGACGUUACUGGAUAUUAAUUAUUUAAAUAAGUAAAAUAUGCUUAAUAAUACAAAUCCCUAUUAUUAAGAAAGGUAUAAGCAGGGUCUCCACCACACAAAAAUAUACCAUAGACAUCAUAUUUCUCUUUAUAUUGACUUAAGAAUAAAAUGUGUAAUUGUUACUGCAUGAGUAUACAGACCCUGGCGGGAUAUUUUUUUUUGUAUAUUUCGCAAAAUUGACAUUGAAGAGAAAAUAUGACUAUUUAAUUAGUUCAUAGUUUUCUAUUCUGUUGCUUCUUCAGCCAUAAAAUUUCCAUAUGUGGAAUAUUUUGAGAAAUUUGACACAGAAACAUUAAAUAGUGUUGGGAUAGAAAGUAACAAUAUGCUGGAUGUUACGGUAAAGUUUUUGUGGUUUUUUUAUACCAUAUUUAUUUAGAUGACACUAAAUCCUGAAAUUUUUCCUAAGUUUUCUUUCCAUUUUGCUUUUGUCCUUUCCCCUCACCUUCAGUUUCACAAGAGAGGUGUGGAUGUUUACUUCUGUGAUGUUUCCAAGCAAACAGAUUGACCUAAGUGGUCUUCAGCUGAUAGUCACAUUCUGAAGUAUUUCUACCUGGAAGGUGAAACUUAAUUGUCAGUUAUUUCUAUAGGUCCACACUGUUGGAUCCUGUACAUUUCAGCGAUUGGCCAUCAGCCUUAAAGCCUCUUGCAGAUGGUAAAUAAAUCACUAGCCUUACCCCUAAAUCCUUAAAGGCACACCUGAAAAAGAUAUUUCUUACCUUAUCUGACUACUGGAUAACUAUUCCCAAAUGCCUAAUUACUAACAUUUUUCAACUGGACUACUUUAAUGAAUGUUUCGGUAUCUAAUGAAGCGCACAAGCCUUGGAGAAGAGUAAAUCAAGAAUAGUAGGUGAUUAGCAUGUCUGUUAUUAGGUUAUGUAUCUAAUGAAAGAAGGUACUGGUUUUCAUCUUCAACCUGGGCGCCAUGUUGCAAUCAUCAUUCAACUGCCGGUCAAGGAAGUUGCUGGAGACAGAAGUAGAUCGUUUGAAUAAGGUAGAAUAAAUAACAAUAGCUCAUUUAUUGUAGCUUGUUUAAUUCCACCCCCCACCACCACAGGUAAUUGGCAUAGGAUUCUAUAUGUUCCUUAAGAUUUAUACAAGGUUGUAUUUGUAAAUAUAUACAGUGAGUCCCCAUAUUAUGAAAGAGAUAUGGUCUUGGAAAUGUGUCCAGUCCAUACUGUAAAGACUAUUUUUCCAUUGGUUCCCAUGUUACAAGUGAAGAUGCUUUCCAAUGAACAUUUUUUACGUUUACAGCUCUGCACAUUUGACCCAUCUACGUAAUUAAUAGCAAGUACACAAAAGUAACCUCAAAAACUUGUUGGCCUUUCUGUAUAUAUUCAAGGAACGAAAUACAGUGCACAAUCUAUAAUGAAAUGGGAACAGCAACAGUGUUACCAACCAUUCUUAUAUAUCAUUGCAUGUGCACAGGCAAGCCUGUGCUUGCUACAUGACUGAAGCUUACACUAACAUGAUCAGAAUUUCUUAGUUUGGGCUUAAAUUGUUAUUGCUUUGCAUUUUACCCAAAAUUUCCAUGAAUUUUGUGGUAAUGUUUUAUAAGUUCUGUAAGGGAGAAAUUUUAUUGUCUGAUUAAAAUUGGAAAUAUAUUGAUAUGAGGAAUCUCUGUCAGUUCAAUAAUUAAUUUACCAGUUCAUAUUUUCAUGAGUAUUAUGUUUUACACAUGUGAAACAUUCAUUAAAUCUGUCCUUUCAUUUUAAGUUUGUGACUUCCAUUAUCUCAUUCUAUUAAUGCACCGUCCAAAUAAAUUUCUGUCCCAACAGAUGCAUCAAAAACAAACAAAAUUUAAAAUAUAUCCUGAAUAAAAAUAUAAUUAUUUUUAUGUGUCCUAAAUAGAUGGAUCAUGUUCAAAAGAUAACAUUAUUCCUAUUCCCUACAUAUUUUAUUUUUUGUUUUUCAGUCUGCCAGGGCCAAGCAUAGAGGAAAUGAGAAAUACCUAAAUCAUUGGUUAUAUCGUUAAUGUAGAAUCGUGUGAUAUGUUUUUGGUGUGAUGAUGCGUGUUACUAUUAAUAUUGUGUAUAUGUCAUGUACAGUAAUUCUUUUGUCUUUGUUUUUCUUGUUAAUGUAAAUAAAUAAGCAGAACAAGCACAUCAUGUACAGCUGUGCAUUUUUCAAAUUUGUAGAGCUGAUUGACUGAUGGGCAGACAGAUAUUGCAGCACAAUUAUCCAAUCCCCUCCUAUCUGCCACCUUCUUGGUCUCGUUAUGAAAAAGUAAAACACUGAACGAGAAUCAAUAUAUGUAAAUUGAGUGAAUGUUACAUAUGAUUUUUCCUUACCAGCACUUUUCUCUGUAAAUUGUUUAUUUUUCUAAAGAGGUUUUAUGGCGUAAAAUAUGAAACUACAGAAUUUUAAUGCAGUAUUCCCAAAUAUGCUAUUAAAGCUCUUUUCAGUUUAUACUCUUUGAACAAGAAUACUUUAUGUUCUCAUUGUUGGUAAAUAACACUGGUUACCAUUUAAAAUGGGACUUAGAAAUUGUGAUCUUGAUGGCUGUGAUAAUGCUUUUAUUUUAACCAUUAUUGGAUUAUCAGUUUCAGCAGUGCAGAAAUUUCAGCUGCUCCUUAAUGAAUUUUUGAGUUCAAAUUCUAUACCUGAAUUUCAUUAUUUUUCUUUAGUACAUGUUAUCCAUCUGAUGUGACAUAUCACAAAAAGAAUUUCAAUCAUAAACGUUCAUUACUGGCAUAUUUUUCACUUGUUGGCCAGCUGUACAGAGAACCAUGCAUUUCAUUCUUUAGUGUUUCUGGAAACCAUACCUAUCUUGAUGAAAAUAAUACCAUUAGAAUUAUCACUCUGUAAGUAGCAGUGGAAGUUUUGUAAUGUAUGGUUGUGAUUGAAAUUGAAUGCAGUUAUAAAAUAUAAUAUAUUAAACAAUC